GUUCGCAAAAGUAAACAAAUUUCGUGAGGUAAUUUUCUUUUCGCAGUAAAAUACCAAUCUGAAUUAUAAAAAACGAAAUAUAUUGAUUUAAAACAAAUAUCGAAUAUAAAGAAGUUUACAGAACUUUGACAAGAUUUGAGAUUUUCUUACUCGAGCAAUGUAUUUGUGAUCAGCUGUUGGUUCCAUUUAGAUCGUUUCUUUCAAAAUGUUGUACAAAUGUUUAGUUGCUGCCUUUAUCUUGGCAAAUUUAGUGCUUUCUCAUGGGCGUUCAAAACACAACAAAAAAUCACACGUGGCAAAAGAAACAUCAAAUGUGGGCCAAAAAAGACAAAACCUGCUCGACCCUUGGGAUGUUCAUUAUACGGAACCAUCAGUAAAUGGAAUCGCUAGUUUAACCCAAGGUCCCAACAGUGAGGAUUUGGUAGCAUUACAGAAGGCUAUGCUCGGGUAUCAAACUAUGAAUAAAGCUUAUGAACCGGCGUCUGUAAUACCUGAAGGGUUGAUGCCCCAUAGACAUGUAAGAAAAUUUAAACGCCCCACUCCACAAAAGGAAAGCGAAGAUGGUGACGAUGAUGACGAUGAUGAUGAUCGCAGAGAUGUGAGGCGGACGUUAAAUUCUCAAGGGGACUCGUCUGUAUUGUACACAUCAAGAAAUGGUGACGAUUCGACGAAUCAUAUGAUUAAUGAUGAGGAUAGUAGAGAGAGAAGAAAACACGAUCAAGGAAGAAGUAAAGAACAAUACGAACAGAUUGAUGAUAGGAAGAAGCAACAAUACGAUAAAAAGCCAGUCAAUCAAGUUAAACAAAAAGACGUAAAGGAACCGACUGAUGAAGGUAGACAACAGUAUGCAAAAGAGUCCGUAAAAGAACGAAAGCAGGAAUAUGAGAAAGACACUUCAAAUGAUAAAAAUAAGGAGGAAUCAAGAUUUUCUAAUUCAAAACAAAACCAAGAAACAGAAGAAUCACAUCAACACUCAAGUGCUACCGAAAGUGAAAAAGAUGGCUACAGUUCACGACAUGGUUCUGAUGACCCUCCAGACAGACAGCCAGAUAGAAUGGCGCAAAUGAGGAAACAGAAAGACGAUAAAGAAGAAAACAAAUUCACAAAAGAAAAACAAAGUUCUUCAGAAAGCGAAAGACAACCUGAACGGCAAUCACAAAAUGAACACGCACAUGGGUCGUCUGAAAGAAGACCCUUCCAAGAGAAAGAAUCGCAGCAUGAAGAGAAACAGUCUCAGUACAAAGAGACCGGACAUAAGGAGAACGAAGAAAUAAAAGAACAGGAGGAUAAGUCCGAAUACAGACCUAAAGCAAAAGAAAGGGAAGAUUCUCAACAGGAGUAUGGAAACAAAGAACGAUUUUCUGAAGAUGAAAGUAGGGAAGAUUUGAAGCAAAAGGGUUCUUACGAAAAGGAAAGAGAGAGUCAGAAAAACUUUAAUGAGGGAAUGCAACAAGAUGGCCAAGGAAUGGCAGAUGCUGGUAAGGAAGCGUCGCUUAUGCAGGGUGGUAGUGAUGAAGCAAAACAAAAGGAAGGAAAGCAGGAUAAACAAAUCAAACAACAAAAGAAUAACGACAUGCAAUCGCUUGAAGAAGAUGUUCGUCAGCAAAAACAAAACGAGGACAUGAAGAGAAUUGCAGAUCGUAACAAGGAAAAAGAAAAACAAUUUGAAAACAGUUUCCCUAAACUUACUAACGCAGAUACAGGGAAUAAACCUGACGAAAUGAAACAACAAUCUUCAGAAGAGAAUGACAACAAGAAAGUCACAACAAGCGAAAAAGAAAACUUGAAAGAAAAUCAAGAUACUUCACGCUUGAAGGAAAGUGGAAAAGAGUCACCAGAAAAAGAAUAUAAAGAAUCAAGUUCAAAAUAUGAAAAAGAAAAAUAUAACAGUGAGUCUGAGAAAACGAGGGAAGACUCAUCCAAGGGAAAAUUUAAGCAGGACAAUGAUAAAACUUCUAGUUCUGAAAAGAACUCCAGCUUAAAAUUGAAACAAAAUAAUGCAAAAUAUAAUAAUGAUGAAGAUGGUGAUGAUAAAAAGGGACAAUAUUCUGAAAAAUCUAAAAAAGAAAAUGAUGAGGAAAAGCAAGAGAAUAAAUAUAGUAAGCAGAACGCGCAACUCAAUGAAAAAGAGGACUAUAAUAAACAUCCUGAACCUCAUAAAACAUUUGAUAAUAAUGACACUCCACUGCCUACAAUAUAUUUUGCAGAAAACUCGAAACAGGAUAAUGGUGAGGGUAAAAAAUACAAAAGUGACGAGAAAACAAAAUUAAUUGAGAAAGAAAAAACUGAUAAGAAGGAACAGGAUAAAAAAGAUGACGACCAACCUCCGAUUUUGGAACCAGAUAAACCAAAAGGGUGGCAGCAGGCGAUAGAAACGAACAAUAAGGAGGAUAAAAAGCUCCGCUUUGGAAAUAAACAUGAAGAGAAGCAAGACAGUGGAAGGAAGCCGCAUGGACACGAGGAUGAAAGUGACGAAGAGCAUGAGAAGCAUGCAAAAGAGAUGUACACGCAAAAAGAAACAGAAAAACCACAAACUUUCAAAGGGUCGGACAGUGAAAGCGUUAACUCGCUCGCAAAACCAAAGGAUGAACAGAAAAAUCUGAACGGUUCUCAAAAUAGCACUAAAGCGCAUGUGCAAAAAGAUGGAGAAAAAUCAAAUGAAGAUAUGUCUGAUGACGAGUUGGAACAAAACUCGAGAGUUGUUUUAAGUCAAUUAAAGCAAUUACAAAGCCUCGCGCAAUCCCCGAAUCCUGAUCCUAAAAAAAUUGAUGUUAGCGCAUUGCAUCCUGGGACUGUUAAAAUUUUGAAAAAGUUAGGCGAAGAACAUGAGCGACAGCAGUUUGUUGAAGAGACUGUUAAGAACGCCGCUGAUGUUAAAGAUUUAGCUGAAGAUGCAAAAAGACCAAAGGAUAAUUCCCAUCAAGACGCCAUUGUUAAAUUUGCUGGUAAAAGUUCGCCAUGCGUCAGACAAAUGGACGGUUCAUGUGUUAGUAUGCCUUCAGAAGCUGACAUCAAUCAAAUGAUAUGUGACGGAUGUGGCUGGGAUGGUUGCUCAGGAGCUGGAUGUGGUGGCAGUAUGGCUGCAGCAGCACCUCCGCCUCCUCCACCUCCACCUCCACCGCCACCACCACCUCCUCCACCACCGCCACCACCACCACCUCCCCCACCUCCACAAAAACCACCAAAGCAACAGCUACAGAGUAUUUGGUGCAUACCACUGCCUGAUGGAAGUGAAAGUUGUCCACCACCACCACCACCACCUCCUCCACCACCACCAGCUAGUGGCCACGGUUGUGCAGGAGGCAGCGGACCAUGUGGUGGCGGAACCGGCGGUGGAUGCGCAGAUUCAAAUGAAGGGUGUACAGAUGAUAGUGAAAGUCUUCCUCCACCUCCACCUCCACCUCCACCACCACCACCACCUCGCCACAGGUGUUCAAGUGGUGGAUCAUGUGGUGGAGGGGCCAGUAAAUGCGCAGGUGGCGGCGGCGCUUGUGGAGGCGGAAGCUCACAACCACCUUCUCCGCCCGCUCCUCCAUUGAAGUUCAAAUUGGUUCCAGUGUGUGAAGAAUCAGGUGGAACGAAUUGCAAACCUCCACCAGUUGUCAAACCAGCUCCACCUGCUGAAGGGUGUAAGGCGGGCGGUGGCGGCUGCAGUAAGGGACUAAAGAUUUCUGUGGCUUGUGAUGAAGCUGGCGAAGGCGGAUGCGGUGGCGGUGGUGGUGGCGGACAAUCGUACAAGCUUGUCCCCGACGGCGGGUGCGGUGGUGGCGCAGGUGGCGGUGGAUGUGCAAAAGAAACCGACGAAGCGACAACUGAGUCUAAAAAACCUGACCCUAUGAUUCCAUUGAGUUGUUUGGAAGCUUUGAAAACAAUGAAUGUUCCUGAUUCAGAAAAAAAUAAUGGUGGCCAAGGCGAUACGAAAUGUUCAAAAAUGCUAAGCACGCUUUUAAGUAACCAAGCUGAGAGCACUGCCAACACGAUGAAAAUCAUCGGAAGCCUGCUAAAGGAUGACGGGUGUUCGCUGGAUCCUAACGAAAGAAUGGUAGCUGCCAAACUUAUGGGGAAAAUGAUGGGCGGUGGUUGUUGCAGUGCGUGUGCCAGCGGUGAUGCUGCAGGUGGCGGUGUUGCUGGCGGUGCUGGAGCUGGUGCCGGUGCCGGUGCUGGUGGUGAGGCUGGAGACGAUAGUGCUGGUGGAAAAUCUGGUGGUAAAUGCCCAGAUUCCGAAGGAUAUGAGAAGUUUAUUUCAUUAGGACCAGAACAUUGCUCCAGUCGCAGUUUGAGGAAAUGGGAAAAAGGAUUAUUAAGCGGUCAUAAGAAGCACGCAGUUGCAAACAGUCAACUGAACUGGGAAAACGGGUUACUUGAACACUGGAAAGGUCGAAAGCAUGAUUUUAUUGAAAGAAAAAAUUCAAAGAAGGAAGAAGCAGAAUCAGAAUCCGAUUAUCCAGUAUUAAAAUAUUCACAUACGGAUAAUCCGAAAUUACGUGAAACUGACGACAUAUUAACGGCGCGACAUAAAAUAAAAUCAAGAAAGUCGUCGUCUCGAAAAUCGGAAAGAUCGUUCCAUCCAAAAUUCAAAAAUAAAUUUAAAAACGAAAAAUCGCUGGAGGUGGAAAAAGAAAGAGAUGAAAAUGCAGAGAAGAAAUCAAAUUUAAGGAAACCAAAGACGAUAAACACGAAAAGAGCAAAAUUGACACAUCCUGAAACAGGCUUACAUCGUGGAAUUUGGAAUGGGUUAUCGAGCAAAACAAUCAAGGCAAUGACGUCACUAAAAUCAUAUCCAAAGGCACCGCACGUGUCUUACAUAGUAGACCAAUUUUCAACACCGCGUGACAAAGGUAUCAAAUAUGGUCAGCGGUUGUAUGGUUAUUUUGUUCCACCGGAGUCUGGGAACUAUAUAUUUGCCGCGUCAUGCACGGAUGAGUGCAAACUGUCGCUAAGUAAUACGGAUGAAGAGUCAAAGAAAGAUGUCAUUAUAUCGCAUGAUGCAGGGAGCGUUCAAGAUCAGAGCUCAGAUCCUAUUCCCUUGAAAGGAGGACGAACAUAUUUCAUCGAAGCGUUAUCAUAUCAUGAUAGUGAAGAUUCUCCUAUGAAAGUCGGUGUACGCAUGCCGUCUGGAAAUAUCGUUGCACCAAUACCUUCGCAAUAUUUGAGGUUGCAGAGAGGAGCGCUGGUCGACGAAGAAUACGAUCAAUUACCAGAUGCUACCAUACGUAAUCUUAUAAGUCAGCGCUCAUUUCCCGACACGCCAUCGACAUGGAAAUCUUUGUCGGACUUCAGUUUAGCUGAGUAUGAAAACGACGGAAAUCAUGGUCAUAGAGUUAGCGGCUACUUCUUGGCAACAGAGACAGGGAAGUUUAAAUUCUUUGGUUCAUGUCCAACUGGUUGUCGUCUGUAUUUAAGUGAUGAUGAUUCGUGCAAUCGACGAUCUUUGGUACUAGAGUACACACCCCCAGCAAAGACAAGAAAAAGAUGGAUGUCAGCAAAUAGUACUGAUGAGCCGGUAACCGAAGAUAAUGAUGAGCUACUCUCAACUAAGGGAAAUGUUAGCAAAAUCGCAGUGAAUGUUACAACAAGAGGACUUGACUUACCCUCCCUAUUUGAAGUAUCGAAGACAUUCGACAUGAAAGCUGGUUUAUAUUACUAUAUAGAAGCCUUACAAGCCACAAAAGGGGAUAAAUUAAACACCCUAAAAAUGGGCGUGGUCCAACCAAGCGGAAAAACACAUUUUCCAAUCAAAAGAGAAUUGCUGAAACAAUUUAAACCAAGUAAACAUGGAGUGAUACGUGAAGUGUGGAAAGACGUGAAAGGGGAAGACGUUACUGAUCUCACAACUGCUUCAAAAUUUCCCUCAAUUCCUAACCAGGUUGAUUUGCUGUCCAGCUUCGAAGCACCAUCAAACGAAUUCUUUAAUUACGGCCAACGAUUAAAAGGAUAUUUCAUUGCACCAAUGACAGGCGACUAUCGCUUUGUUAUGUCAUGUGAUCGUAAGUGCGAACUGUGGAUGUCCUCAACUGAAAAACCAGAACACAAGAAAAGAAUGUUGAAAGAAUUGAGAAAGACAGAAAAACAUCAAUUUGACAAAUACCCCGAAGAGCAAAUAUCCAGCCCUGUUCAUCUGGACAUUGGCAAGCAGUAUUACAUGGAAGCCAUUCAUAAGGCUGCUACAGGCCUUGAUCAUUUAAGCAUCGGUGUUACCUUGCCAACCGGAUCUAAUGAAUGGCCUAUUCCGAAGAAAUAUUUGAGGUUCAGACCAAAAGAUACUAUUACAUCACCCAUCGAGGUUCCUUGUAAUUACAAACUCGAUCAUCCACCUUUGGCAGCUACAGGGAAAAGCAAAUCAAAAUUAGAGGACCAAGACAAGAUUAAUACGGCACACGGACUUAAUGAAGUAGGAACAGUUCAAAAUGACCUUGCAAUACUAGGUGAAGUUGACAAUACUAAAGACAUCGAAACGCUGCAAAACGAUGGCAUGUCAUUUACCGGGGACCAUAACAACGUCAACGAAAAUGUCGACGAAGAAACCAUGAAUGCUAGUACAAAGGUUAAAGUGACACAUCUAGAGUUACCUUUUGGUAAAGAUGAUACCAAUAGCGCACUUGAAGCCUUAAAAGUCAUGCGCAAAAUAAGCAAAGGUGAUAAAAGUAAGGUGAAGAUAGAGAAAAAUCCAAAAGGAGCUGGCUUCACCUUAUCUGGUUUGCCACCAACGUUAAAUACUGCUGAAGUUACAAAGAUUGCCAAAGGCGUUGCUUCAGUUAUCGAAGAAAGUUCAGGAGAGGAGCCUGUUAAAAACAAAGCUGAAGCCUCCAAACGCCCAUCGAAGGGUGACUCUGAAUCUAUGAAUGUGCAUAUGAGUGGAGACCUUGAAGCCGGCAGUAGUAGCAGCAGUAGUAGCAGCAGCGGUGUUGAUCAAGCAUUAAACUUACUAAAACGUCCUGGUACGGAUCAUCAUGGUGGAUUGCCCUCUCCAGGAAUAGGUCUAUAUGGGAUGAACACAAACAUCAACCCAAUGAGUGCGGGGAUAGGCGAGGCUGGGUCCUCCCAAGGUGUUGGGGGAAGUAAUGGUGAAAUUAAUGGUGAUUUAGCUGGUGGCUUAUCAAAUUCAGCUGGCGUUGGUUUACCCACAGGCGCUGGAAGUGUUCCAAUGCUAAAUCAGCGUCCUGUUGCCACUGAACCGGAAAUCGAAUCCGUGAGCGUGGUAGGAAACUUAGCUGCCGCUCAUAUGGCGAGACUUAAAGGUGGUGGAAGUGGUGGAAGCGGGGGAUUUGGACAUAUUGCAGAACAUGCGAAGCCUCAUCUUGGAACGGUUAACGUGAAUCAUCCCUGUUCAAAGGUUUGCACUAAUUUCGCUCUAAUACCCUUACACCACUCCUGCCAUAAACUUUGCAGAUUCAAGAAUUCCGGAUCACUGGAUGGAGACAGUAUUGGCACACCUAUAAGCGACAUGUUACCGGGUUUACCAUACGGUGACGCUCCUGCUAGCCUAACUACUGGCAACGCAAAUGGUGCAGGCAUCCCGAUUGGUAAUGAGGAUAAUACAGAAUCAACCGUUACUGGUGUAGCGCAAACUAAUAAUGGCUUAACAGAUCUUCCAGUUUCGGUUGCCGGUUCUUUAUCACCACCAAAUACUGGUGAACUAACGAUUAACCGGUUAACGGAUUAUGAUGUAUUGGAUGUAGACUUAGAGGGAAUAAACAGCCUGAAGAACAUCGGAGCUGUAAACCAAGAGAUGGGAUUAGGGAACAGGCUUUUCGGACAAAAGUUAGCUGAUUCUGAUGUCCCAACAGGUUUAGAAGACGCAUCUUUUAUCGGUAACCGGUUAAAUAACGAGGCAAAUGAAUUUGAGAAUUUAAUGACUUUGAAGAAGAAGAAAAUACCGGCAAAAGAAAAUGCACAACAUACAUCCAAAUUAAUUGGUCAGCAAACAACGUGGCUGAAAAAAAGAGGGAGUGUACAGAAAUUAUUCAAUCAACGGAGAAGCAAUAUCCUGAAGAAAAAGAAAAAACAAACUCAUCAUUCUACAAGACAGGGCAAUUGGAUAAAAAUGUCGAAAAAUAAGAAAAAGCACUCUUAAAUUUGAUGUGAAUACAUAAACUACACCGACAAGUAGGAUCGAAACUAUUGGUUAAUAAAUAGCGAAGUUAGAGCCUGCGCAUGCGUACAAGUUAUCGCUUCUUCACUUAUAAAGAAGUGCAACGUUGUAAAUAGAAACACAGUGAUUUCAAAAUGGUAUACAUAGCUGCGUAUUGUCGCGAAAUAAAAUAAUCUAAAAAGGAAUUGGAAACCGAGUUGUUUACAUGCAGGAUUAGAAACAAGAAAUGCGUAUCAAUCAAAGUCGAGAAAUAAAUCCAUGCUAAAUCAUCAAUUUCUUAUUUCUUCAUACAUCGAAACAUCAAACAUUGAUUUAGUUCGUUUGGAGAUCGAUACUUUCAAAAACUGAUCAUGAGCGAACACCAACAUUAAAUUUAAGUGCAGAAACAUUCGCAAAUAGAGGGUUUCGCAAAUAGAUGCUGCUGAAAAUUUUCGCGAUCAGGAACAUUUGCGAAUUCGCCUAGAACUCGCGAAACUUUUAACCUCGAAAUUUCUGCACCUCAAGUACCUUUAUUAACCAUUCGCGAAAUUAAAUCACCGCAAAAUUGAGCCAAACUUCCUAUUCGCUAAAUUUAAUUUACGCAAAAUUUUCUCGGCAAAGUAAUUAGCGAAUAUUUAAAAAAUAAUUUACUGACAGGUUUUAAUUUUUACAUAUACUAUUUAUAUUAUACAAUAAUUGUAUGUAUAUGACUUAUAUCACCUAAACACGGUCCACACAUACCAUGCAUGGAUUACGUCAUAUAUAUUUUUGUAUAUAAUAUUAAACUAACUUGUUUUUAAUACACCUGUUACUAACAUUCA